AGAUGGCACUAGUCGACAGAGAGCGUUGUUGAUGUCGUUAGACUGCUACAGUAAACAAAGCUGAUUUCUUCACCGUUUUAAGCUUUUCCAAGGACUAAAUCCCCCUUUGGAAGUGGUGCCUUGAACGAUGAUGGCCCCGUAGGUGUGACGAUGGAGAGGGCGAACUUCAGAGUGAGGAUGGCCAGACAUCUGCUUCUGCUGCUCUUAUUUGUCGCCCCCCUCGCACCACCCACAGGGAGCCAGCGAAUCCGCGAGUUGAAGGUGGAAGUUGGCAGCAGUGAGCCCCAUGCUGGUGCAAAUGUCACAAUUAGCUGCAGGGGUCGAGGGGACCUGUUGCAGUGGCGUCAUGGCCAUCACAAUAUCACGCCAGAUGAUGUGCGGUGGCAGGUGAUAACAGAAGUUGAGAAGGAGAACAUCUUGAGUACCCUAACGAUUUUCCGUGUUGGCCUCCGAGACUCAGGGCGCUAUCACUGCCGUGUAAAUAAGACCAACAAAGACAAAGUUGCAGAUAAAAAUGUUACCAUUCAUGUACAGGCUCCUCCUGUGCUGAUGGAAGCUAGGAACUUCACAGUGAGAGCUGGGCUCAAGGCAAAGCUCUCUUGUACUUUUGAAGCCGUCCCUGCUCCUGAGGUGUUUUGGAUUAAGGAUAAGGAACAGCUUGACAAAAAGAAAGGGUACAGUGUAGAAACCAGCAAGGAAUCAGAUUUGCACCUGUCAGAUCUACUGAUAGAAAAUGUAACACUGAAAGAUAAUGGAACAUAUGAAUGUAAAGCCUCAAAUACCAUUGGUAACAGUGACCAGAGUGGAACACCUGUUCUACUUGUUCAAGAUUUCCCAGAGGUAAAUCUAACGAAGGUACGUGCUGUUGGCCCCAAGGAAAUUCAGGCUGAGUGGUCAGUCAAGGAGAACAAUGCCCCUGUUCAUGAAAUGAAGAUCUUGGUGGCCAGAGCAGAGAGCAACUUUGAAGAACAGUCAGAGGUGAUUGCUGAGUCCACAAACAAAGUUCUUGAAGAUGUUGGUUCUCCAGGGGAGGAGAUUCACCUGAAAGUUGUGGUUGCAAAUGAAGUAGGGGAAACAGAGAGCAGAGAAGAGAUUGUUACCCUUCUUACUGAAGAACCAAAGUUCACCCCCAAUGCAUCACCAAGAGGAACCACUGUGGAUUCUCUCACAGUAGGAUGGAGUCAGCCCGAUGAAGAGAUGAAGGAGUACGUUGGUUACUACCUUCUAUCACUGACGGACCCAAAUACAGGAGAUGCUCAGCAGGCCAUGAAACCAGCUCCAGCUUCAGAUCACAUGUUUACAGGGUUGAAGCCAGCAACACAGUACCAAUUCAUGGUGAAAGCAUGCAUGGACGUCUUUGCUGAUGAAAAGCGUGAUUGUGGAAAUUUCUCAGCUGCUGUGUUUGGAAUGACCCUCAAUGGUGUGCCAGACAGGAUUUCUGACCUUCUGUUAGAGUGUGAGCACAGUGUAAAUAAGGUCCCCAGCACCAUCAAAAUUCUCUGGCAACCACCAAAGAAUCCCAAUGGUGUGAUUGACCACUAUAAAAUAGAAAUUGUGGAAACUGCAUCUUACAUCAAUGAGGAUGGCCAGAGAAGAUAUUAUAAUAAUGAUUAUAGACAUAAUGUUGCUGGAUCACUCAGGAAUUAUACUUUCUACAAUGCUCUCCCAAACACAAACUAUACCAUCAAGGUUUAUGCUGGCUCGAGGCAUCGCUACAGUUCUUCUAUGAAUGCUGUGUGUUCAAUGCCUGUUUGGGUACCAACACCUGAGAGAAUAAGUUGGUGGAAAUAUCCUCAUGAUGGACGAACUGUUCUUAGACUACCAGUACCAAGGGCAUCAGAACGUAAUGGAACCAUCUGCUGUCACAGGAUUGUUAUUGUGAAAUUGUCAAAGGGGGAGACGAUCCACUCCAUAGCAGAACCCAAAGACUUGCCACUCAGCACCUAUGAUGAGGUCCACCGGUCACCUUCAGCAUCUGGAGCCUAUGUUGCUGAAGCCUUUUCCAGGUGGUCUGUGAAGGACAAGUACCUGCUCUUGGGAGAUGGAAAGGUUGUAGGAAAUUGGUCUGAGGGAUGUGCAGCUUGCUUGGGGGAGAUGAUGCCUAUGGGUGAAGCAGCAGCAUCCACCAGCAAUGAGAGUCGCAUCAAAAGGGCCAUGACGAGGGGAAAUCGGCGAUCCCUCCUUUCGCUGCAAGUCCUGCCGCCAGUUGUAGAUGGUAUACUUUCACAAGAAUCUAACUACACAGGCUUUGUGAUACUAUCGGUCCAAGCAAGCACAGGACAACCAUUGACAGCAUAUUCUGACUUCUUUCCGGUUAUUCAGCCUGUGAAAGACAUUGAAUACAGCAAUGACCCACCAACACACAUAUCCCAGAUGCAGAUUAUAUAUGUGGCUGCUGGUCUUUUCACAUUCCUUCUCCUGUUAACAAUAGGAUUAUGUAGUCUUCUAUGUUUCUAUCGUAGAAGGAAUAAGCAUUUGGAAGAGGAAGAAGUCACAGAGAGUUUGUCUGGGUCUCUAGGGCGAAUCUUCAGAUCCCUAAGAAGAUCUCACACACUCAUGUCCCAACCAGCUGUUGAUGUAAAGCCAGUUCCAAGAGAAGAACUUGUGCCUCAGUAUGUUGAGAAGCUAAAAGACUCGGAACUAGGAUUUAGAAGAGAAUAUGAGGCGCUGCCAGAGAAGUUCUAUGAUCGCACAAGUCGGGCUUCGGAUCUCAUUGAGAAUGCCCCAAAGAACCGCUAUCCUGAUAUCAAGGCUUAUGAUCAGACACGUGUCAAGCUGUCGCAAAUUAAUGGUGCUGUUGGGACAGAUUACAUUAAUGCAAAUUACGUUUUGGGCUACAAGGAACGGAAGAAGUUCAUCUGUGCUCAGGGACCAAUGGAUACAACUGUGGACGACUUCUGGAGAAUGAUUGUAGAGCAGCGCUGUGGUGUUUGCGUGAUGCUUACUAAUUUAGAGGAGACUGGCAAGAUCAAGUGUGUCAAGUACUGGCCUGAAGCAGGGCAAAUCAAGACCUUUGGAAACAUUACAGUGCAUCUCAUCAAGGAAAAAGCAUAUUCAGAUUACAUGGUUCGGACUCUGAGGGCUGAAUGGGGUGAGCCAGAUGACCCCCAAACACACGAGGUUCUCCAGUACCACUACCUGCUCUGGAAAGACUUUAUUGCUCCUGAACACCCUACUGGAGUCCUCUCCUUCCUGCGCCGUAUUAAUGAGGCCUAUUCACAUGACCAAGGACCACUUUUGGUUCAUUGCAGUGCUGGAGUAGGGCGAACAGGAACUUUAGUGGCUUUAGACUCUCUUGUGAUGGAGCUGGAUGAAGAAGGUCAGGCGUCAAUCUUCAACUUCAUUUGUGACUUACGGCAUCAGAGAAACUUCCUCGUUCAGUCCCUUAAACAGUAUGUGUUCAUCCACCGUGCACUAAUGGAGUACAGCCAAUUUGGAAACACUGAGCUUACCAUAUCUCAGCUGAAAGAAGUUUACAGCAACCACACACACCAUGACAGUUUAGAUGAUUCUUCACCACUUGAGAAGGAAUUUGAGCGAUUGGGUAAGGUAGUAGAAGAUAGAAAAGCUUUUGCUAUUGCAACAAGUGAAGAGAAUAAACCCAAGAAUAGGUAUGACUUCUUGCUGCCAUAUGAUAACAAUCGUGUUAUCCUUGCACCAUUGCCUACCAAACCAUCAUCUACUUACAUCAAUGCCUCCUUUGUUACGGGUUAUGAUCUGGCUGAGUCAUUUAUAGUCACUCAAGAUCCGAUGGAGAACACAAUUGCGGACUUCUGGAGAAUGGUGUUUGACCAAGAAGUUACAACCAUAGUCAUGCUGUCUGAGGUACAACUUGGUCAGCUGGGCAGUGGAGAAGGAUGCUGUAACAAAUAUUGGCCAGAUGAUGAAGAGCAAUAUGAACAUAUCUCAGUGAAGCUUGUGUCGAGUGAAAGCUAUCCUAAAUACUCCAGCAGAUCAUUCCUGCUUACAAACACAAAGAAUGGUGAUGCCUUGACGGUAACACAGUUCCAUUACAUUGGAUGGUCAGGAGCCUUGGGUGAAGUUCCUCUGGUGACCUAUGGAAUUAUGGAGAUCAUCACACGAGUACAGGCCCACACUGAUGCCAGUCUUUCCACAGCUGCUCCCACUCUCGUCCACUGCUCGGGUGGUGGUGACCGCAGCAGUGUAUACGUAUGUCUCAAUAACUGCUUACGUCAGCUUCGGAGGGAAGGGAGAGUAGAUCUUUUCCAGACGGCUCGCAGAAUUCGGGCUUUAAGACAGUUCCAACUCCAAGAGUUUGCCCAGUAUGAGUUCUCCUACAAAGCUCUUGUGGAAUUCAUAGAUAACAAAGGUCUAGAGAAUCUGUGAGGGGAACGGGAAGGUGACUGACAACAGGAAGUAGAGCCUCUUAUUUUAGCAGACUCUGUGGUUACUUUGGAGAUAUAUUUCUCAAUUUUAUGAGGUAACAUCACAGUGGAUUGCAAAUGAUGAACAUUUUAACAUAUACUCAAAGUUUGUAGUGAAUUGCAAAGAUCUGUGCAUUUCAUCUUGUUCCCCUGCAUAUAGUAGGGGACAGUGAUCUGCAAGUAUGACUUUUAUAGUAGUUUUUUACCGUCAGAGUUAAUGCCUUUUUUAAUUCUUUUGGAGAAGUUGUGAAGAAUCCCCCACCGGUAAGGUAGCAUCACAGUUGAAUGAAGGGUUAGGGACAGCUGUAUGAUAGAAAGUCAGUGAUAAAAUUUUUGCUGUCACUUUUGACUAAGUAAAGAUACCCGGGCCAAAAGGUUUAUGACAAAGUGUAAGGAAGUGAACUUUGGUAAGGAAUAUGGAAGUUGUACAUAGAUAAGGAUGCAUACACAUAAACCCAAAUAAAAGCACAUUCACUGUCAAUCACAAACA